AUGCAGAACACGGAUGCAGGAGAGACGGCGCGUGUUCUGCGGGAAGCCGAUGUACCGGUAACAGACGCGGACUGUCGCUCGUGUCCUAAUCCGUGCGAUGAAGGAAAGCACCAUGAAUGGGAUAGAAAGUUUACAAUCGAUCUUGAAACUCAGAUGCUCGGAGCCUUGAGACCGUACAGGAGACAACUCGUCGUCUCAACGGGAAAAACCGACUGGCCGAGCGAAGUGACGGACGUGAAAGGAACCCUGGCGUACCACCUGGCGCGAGCCCACAACUCCGGCUUUGAACCCCCGUUACCUCCGCAAGUGCUCAAGGGGCUGCAAGGAAACGCACCGGGUCUCGUGGAUCCGUCUUCAACGUCCAAAAUCUCCAUUCUGAAUGGUUCGCAUACGCCUAUCUCCGACGAGGGCGCCGUCCUCGUUUUCCCUGACUACCUUGUUUGCACGAAUGUUCCCUCGUCGGAUGCUGGAGCCGACGAUUUCUGGAAGGCCCUCGCUCAGUUGUACCACCCUGAUCCAUCUCGAACGCCCGUAUCUACUGAUCUGAAGUCGUAUGUCCUCCCAUAUAAUUGUGUUAUUCUUCUGUGCUCCCAUAAGAAGCGCGACAAUCGCUGUCAUAUCACCGCCGGGAAGUUGGAGCAAACCAUCACAGCCUCGUUGGAACGCCGCGGUUGGGACGUCCACACGCAGCUCGAACCCUCCAUCGAGACCGACCCGCCCGUCGAACCCUCCUCGAUCAACGGAAAUGACUACCGCGCCAAGCUCGACGCCGCCAGUCAAAGCCAAUCAGCGCUUAUUCUCAAGAGCUCUCACAUUGGCGGUCACAAGUUCGCCGGUAACGUCAUCCUGUAUUUUCCCAACGGCGUCGGUGUGUGGUACGGUCGCGUAACGCCCCAUGACGUUGAAAGUCUGGUGCAAGAGACGAUUUUGAAGGGCAAGAUACUCGCGCCUUUGCUACGGGGAGGCGUCAACCUAUCACAAUCGGGGUGCAAGUCCUUGCACGAGCUCCGAUGGUAG